AUGAAUUCCCUGCUAACAAUACCGCCAUAUUUGCAUCGUCGCAAGCCCGUCAGUCCAAAUGUUAUUCACGACAUCAGCGAAUCCGAACAACGACCGAUCGAGGCCAUAGUCAACUAUGAGGCUAAGAUGAACUCGCUAUACAGUACCCAACGUAACAUCGCCUUCGACAGUCCGGCAUUGACUGCGCCGCAAAAUCGGCUGAAGAAGCAGCCCUUGCCAGAUGUCCUGCUCACACUGUUCCCGGAGCAGGAAUGGGCCUAUCAUAUGGCUCACUUCCUUGUACUGGCUACACUAGCCUGCUUCUGCGCGUUGCUCGUUCUUCAUCAAUUACGAGCAUUUAUCGCGCGCCGUUUCCUAUUCAUUGGCGCAACACUCUUCACUUAUCGCUCUCUCACACUUAUGGUCACCCAAUUGCCUUCAGGCUAUGGAAACUUUGACAAGCGAUGCCGUGAGCAAGCGAAUAUCACAUUUGAUAUAUUUCUUUCUAGAGUCACUGAGCAAGCACUUCGAUUCGGAUUCCAGAAUAAUGCGAAGAUCCUGUGUGGCGAUAUGUUAUUCUCCGGUCACACCGUGGCAGUAGUGACAAGUGCCCUUUUUGUCGCGUACUACUUGCCUCCACGGCUGCAGUUCCUACGGUGGAUUCCAUACCUCCUCGCCGCAUCCGCAGCAACUUGUUUGAUUAUAUCUCAUACGCACUAUACUAUUGAUAUCCUCGUUGCAUACUGGCUGUCGAAUUUUGUUUUCCGGUACGUGAAGUUGGGAUUCAAAUCCAACAAGGAACAACAAGGAGCAUAUUAUAUUAGCGAUUGGAGACGUACCACGCGUUUUGUGAGAUCGACAUCGUCAUACAGCGGAGGAACUCCAUACUCUAUGGGAACUCGAUGCUUUGGAUUGUCGAAUGGCUUGAGGACGAUAUCGCCUCCGGAAAAGCAACAAACAAGUUCGAAUCUCCGUUUGACGGUCUCUUCCGCGAGCUGCGUCAAGGUCGAUGCGGCGAAGGACUACAUGGAAGAACUCAUGAGCAGCACGUACGUGGAGUUGUGGAGCUACAGCGACCACGCGGUGAGGUGA